CUGUACAUCUCGGCUGCCUUUCCAGUGCACGAGUUUUGUUCUUCUUAUACGUUUACGAUAAGCCGCUCGUACGCGUACACUAAGCAGUUUUCAUUGCAACGAGUAACAGCUCGUUUUAAUCAAUGCGUUAUUAUAGACGAAUCGCCAAUAACAACGCUGCUAGGAUACGAAUUUAAUUAGUGAAAUAACGUUUGUACACGCGUGGAAGUCAGUGUAAAUUAUUUAAACUUCGGGGUUGUUAUGCUGCAACAAUGAAAGACUAUUAGAAAGCAACCCUUCGAUAAUUCAACGGUAAUAUCGUCUCAACGUUGAAGUCUUGCAUGUCAAAGUCUUUUAAUUAGGAGGAAAGUGCGAUAAGAAAAAUAAAAUACAAGGCGUAUGCUUGCCAAAGCCGGAUGUUGGGUGUUGAGUUGUCGGUAUCAUCACGGAUUAAGAAGAAGCCCCCUCCAGCCGCGCGAAAGCCGGGAUAGGUGGAGCCGAAGCUUUCUUAUAAAAGCGACGACACCCCCCGCGGAACGAUCAUACCAAUUGGUGCAUUUCACGCGCGUUAGUUUACCACGCGUGCUUGUUUGGUGAUUGAAGCUUUACACGCGACACUUACACUUCACUCCGGACACUUGGGCUUCUUCGAUCCACGUGGGAUAAAUAGGGAGAUACGAAAAUGGCAAACAACUAUGUAAACGACAAUCACCACGCUGGGGACGAUGAUGGACUGACCGCAGCUCAACUCUUCUCCAACGGCGAUGGGCUUACCUAUAACGACUUCAUAAUUCUACCAGGAUACAUCGACUUUACCGCCGACGAAGUUGAUCUGCACUCACCGCUCACUAAAAAAAUUACCCUCAAAGCACCUCUUGUUUCGUCGCCGAUGGACACCGUCACCGAGUCUGACAUGGCGAUUGCUAUGGCUCUUUGCGGUGGCAUUGGUAUCAUCCAUCACAAUUGCACGCCUGAAUAUCAAGCUAACGAGGUUCAUAAGGUCAAAAAGUAUAAGCAUGGCUUCAUAAGAGACCCCGUUGUCUUGUCACCUAACCACACCGUAGCAGAUGUUCUAUUAGUUAAAAAUCAGCAUGGAUUCAGUGGAGUUCCCAUCACAGAAAAUGGCAAGCUUGGUGGCAAGCUAGUUGGUAUUGUUACCUCGAGAGACAUUGACUUCUUGGAAGAUUCACUGGAUCAGAAGAGUGCCAAACUGGAAGUGAUCAUGACAAAACUAGGAGAUCUAGUUACUGCCCAAUCUAAUGUCACCUUGCCAGAAGCUAAUACUAUAUUAGAGAAAUCUAAGAAGGGAAAAUUACCAAUUGUGAAUGAGAAGGGAGAAUUGUUAGCUUUGAUGGCUAGAACUGACUUGAAGAAGAAUCGUAGCUAUCCGAAUGCCAGUAAGGAUGAGAACAAGCAGCUUCUGGUUGGUGCAGCCAUCGGGACUCGUCUCAGUGACAAACUCAGACUGCAGCAGUUGGUCAAUGCUGGAGUUGAUGUGGUUGUUUUGGAUUCAUCACAAGGAAAUUCAAAGUACCAGAUUGAUAUGAUCAAGUUCAUUAAAUCCACUUACCCAGAUCUUCAAGUCAUUGCAGGCAACGUUGUAACUACUCGCCAGGCCAAGAAUCUCAUCGAAGCAGGAGCAGAUGGCUUGAGAGUUGGCAUGGGUUCAGGUUCCAUUUGCAUUACUCAGGAGGUGAUGGCUGUUGGCAGACCACAAGCUACAGCUGUGUACAAAGUAGGAGAAUAUGCAAGACGAUUUGGAGUUCCUGUUAUUGCUGAUGGUGGAAUCCAAUCAAUCGGUCACAUUACCAAAGGUCUUUGUAUAGGAGCCAGUGCUGUGAUGAUGGGCUCUCUGUUGGCUGGUACUUCUGAGGCACCUGGUGAAUACUUCUUCAGUGAUGGUGUUAGAUUGAAAAAGUACCGUGGUAUGGGAUCCAUCGAAGCGAUGGACCGUAAAGAUGCCAACGGUUCGGCUAUGGAUCGUUAUUUUCAUAAUGAGAUGGACAAACUCAAAGUAGCCCAAGGUGUGAGUGGCUCUAUAGUCGACAAGGGUACCAUUUUGAAAUUCUUGCCAUACUUGCAAUGUGGUAUCAAGCAUGGAUGUCAAGACAUUGGAGCCAAAUCCAUUACUGAAUUAAAAGAAAUGACCUAUAACGGCGAGCUGCGAUUCGAAAGGAGGACACAUUCGGCGCAACAGGAAGGUGGCGUUCACGGUCUAUUCUCUUAUGAAAAGAGGCUUUUCUAACAGUCAAGAAGACGACGUGAUUCCUAAAUGGAUAAUCAGCUCCGCUAAAUUAAUAAAUGUAUUGUAUCAGAACGCCCGCGACAAAAACUUAUGCAAAGGAAAAAAAAUAAUGAUUCACGUUCUGGACACUAACGUGCAGUAAUGUUGUAACGUAACAGCGUUAAUACAUGAUUAUACUACGUACCUGGGAUAUAGUUUCAUAGCUUCAAUGUUUUACUAUAAAUCAAUGUUUUCAAAAAAUGAAAGAUGUCUCUCGACUCUUCCAUCGUAGGUUUUUGUAAAUUGUACUUUUUCUUUUUUAAUAAUUUCAAUGGAAAAGUUAGAUUUUGUAUAUAUAAUGUGUACUUAUGUUAAUAAUUUACUGUGGUUUUACGACGAAAUGAUAAUCAACAACAUUGGUGAACUUUAACAUUGUUAUGAAAUGAUAUGAAUAUCCCGUAAUUGUCUAUUAUGUUUAUUUUUUUUAUUGAAACUCAAAUCAGGUAUAUUUAUGUACAUAAAUACACAUUUUUUUUUAAAUGUACAGAUGACUAAUUUUACUCUUAAUGAGUAAAAGACAACAUGAAUUAUGGGAACAGUAUAGUCUUUGAAUAUUUUAUAUUCUUCAAGAUUUCUUUGACCAAUAUUGCAUAUUAAUAUAUAAUCAUGUUAUGGUUUGAUAUGCAUUUUUACGUGAGCAUUUUAGGUGAAUGUAUUACUUGUCACUUAACGAUUUUAUAUUUCUUGUAUAAAAUACUGAUGUGUUACAAAUUGAAAAAAUAUUUAUUGUAUAUGUGAAGUCAACUAGUUUUACAUAGCUUCAUGUAAAUGUACAAGUCAAUGAAUAAUUAGGUUUUCCAAUAGAUAUAAAAAAAUAAUUUUAU